CUCGCCUUGGCCGUCCGCCGGACAAAUCCAAAUUUUCUAAUUCUCUCUCUCUUCCGGCGAAAACCGACAAACAAACAAGAUGCUGGCUCUUUCUCUCUCCUCUCCACGGCACUUCUCUCUCUUCAAGACCAAGUACGGCAAGUCCUAUGCUACGCAGGAGGAGCACGAUUACAGACUUGUGGUCUUCAAGUCUAACCUCCGCCGAGCCAAGCGCCUCCAGAUUCUCGACCCCUCCGCCGUACACGGCGUCACAAAGUUCUCCGACCUUACUCCGGCAGAGUUCCGACAUAAAUUUCUAGGUCUGAAGCGGCCUCUCAAGCACCCGUCCGACGCUCAGAAAGUCCCAUUUCUCCGGCGAGAAUUUUAUGUGCGAAUUGAUACUGGAAGUGACGUCUUGUGGGUCAGUUGCAAUGCCUGCAAGAUGCAACUUCAUCAUCUGAAACAGACCACCGUCACCAUGUUCACCACCAUGGCAAACCGUCCUUUCUUCUCCGCUUCCCUUGCAGACACGGGUGCCUCCAUUGUCGACCUUCCUUUCCCGGAGAACAUCAACGGAUUACCUGCCGAAGUUGAGAGCACCGAUGAACUCCCUUCCAUGUCCCUCUUCGUGCCAUUCGCCAACGCCACGAAAC